ACGCAUGCGCCGCUUGCCCCUAUGGCGUAGGACCUAGUCCACUCCCCACUCGCCGCAGGGCGGGGUUUCGUGCUGUCCGAGAGGGUCCGGAGUGGACAUGGCUGCUCGCUGCACCGAGGCGGUGCUGGCCGCCCUGGGGGUGCUCAGUGUAUGUUUGGCCAGCAGCUCCGGGGCCGAGGCUUCUGGGGAGGCAGAGAUGGAGGAGCCGUGGGAUGGUGCGGUUUUCCGGCCGCCGGCUGCCCUAGGCGCCGUGGGGAUAGCGCGUGGGCCGGACUCCCCGCCACUGGGGAACACGGAGACCGUGGACCUACCAGUGUUGCUGUGGUGGAGCCCAGGUCUGUUUCCGCACUUCCCAGGUGACUCGGAGCGGAUAGAGUGUGCGCACGGCGCGUGCGUGGCGUCCCGGGAUCGACGGGCGCGCGCCGACCCGCGGACGCGCGCAUUGCUCUUUUACGGCACGGACUUCCGCGCGGCUGACGCGCCCCUGCCGCGCCUGGCGCACCAGAGCUGGGCGCUCCUGCACGAGGAGUCGCCGCUUAACAACUUCCUACUGAGCCACGGCCCGGGCAUCCGCCUCUUUAACCUCACAGCCACUUUCAGCCGCCACUCGGACUAUCCGCUGCCGCUGCAAUGGCUGCCCGGGGCCGCCUAUUUGCGCCGGCCUGCACCUCCGCUCCGGGAACGCGCCGAGUGGCGUCGCCGCGGGUACGCGCCGUUGCUCUAUUUGCAGUCCCACUGCGACGUGCCUUCCGACCGGGACCGCUACGUACGCGAGCUCAUGCGCUAUAUCCCGGUGGAUUCCUAUGGCAAGUGCCUACAGAACCGUGAGCCGCCCACCGUGCGGUUACAGGACACAGCCACGGCCACCACCGAGGAUCCAGAACUCAUGGCCUUUUUGUCCCGGUAUAAGUUCCACUUGGCCCUGGAAAAUGCCAUCUGCAAUGAUUACAUGACAGAAAAACUGUGGCGCCCCAUGCACUUGGGUGCUGUACCUGUGUAUCGUGGAUCACCCUCUGUGAGGGACUGGAUGCCCAAUAAUCAUUCCGUUAUCCUAAUUGAUGACUUUGAGUCCCCUCAAAAGUUGGCAGAGUUUAUUGACUUUCUGGAUAAAAAUGAUGAAGAGUAUAUGAAAUACCUGGCAUACAAGCAGCCUGGAGGCAUCACCAACCAGUUUCUUCUGGAUAACCUGGAGCACAGGGAGUGGGGAGUGAAUGAUCCUAUGUUGCCUAACUACCUCAAUGGCUUUGAGUGUUUCGUCUGUGACCAUGAACUGGCUCGGCUAGAUGCCGAGAAUGCACAUGCAUCCUCUAAUGGGGACAUUCCUGUCCCCAAGCCUCACAUUGCCCAGUCGUCGCACAUGAACUGUCCAGUGCCUACUCCUGGCUUUGGGAAAGUCGAAGAGAUUCCUGAGAAUGACAGCUGGAAGGAAAUGUGGUUACAAGAUUACUGGCAAGGUCUCUAUCAGGGGGAAGCUCUUACUGCCAUGAUCCACAACAAUGAGACACAGCAGAGGAAAUUUUGGGAUUAUGUACAUGAGAUGUUCGUGAAAAGAAAUAAAAAUCUCUAACUGCCUUCACUGCAAGAGCUGUUAGCUUGGAAGCUUAAGGAGACUGCUUUACCGUGGCACCUAAGGCACAUCGACCUUUAGUGAAUACUGUCUGCUAUGAAUUGAUGUUUUCACUGAGUCUCCUGCCCUGUGCUGGGGAUUAGAACCCUGGGUUUUGAGAAUACUAGGCAAGUGCCCCUCCCAUCUCCGCCUGAAUGGUAUGGAGGCAGUAUCUCAACGUGGUAAGAGAGCUUCUCCUUAAAGAUAAGCAGAAGCCAGAAGCACCCAUUUGAUGACUCAAGUACACUUCUCAUGCCUGUAGCAAUUUCUUAAUUUUAAAUAUGGGCAGGAUGGUUCAGGCUAUGAUCUAUAAAACUUCUGCUAUUUAGUACCUUUAAAUAGUGUCCAUUUCUCAUCUUAAUCGGCUACCACACUGGUGGGGAGGCAGAGCCUUAUGUGUGGGUGUAUUCUGUUUUUCUGUUUUUUUCUCCCUUUUGAGAUAGGUCUCACUACAUGGCUCAAGCCAGCAUCCAGCUCCUAGGCCUAAUUGACAAUUCCUGCCUCAGCCCCUAAGUAGCUGGGCUACAGGUAUGCAACACUAUUCUCAUUCUUCAAGUUACUUAAAAAAUACUUGCACUGUCUUUAAUAUCAAAUGUCUUUUAAGUAGCUUGCUUUUUCUGGUUUUAGGCGAUUUCCCACAAACUGGAAAGACUGACAAACAUUUCCAUCUUUCUUACAGCUUGGUUUUCUUGUUUAGGGUAUAUUUGGAAUUCUUUGUCUCACGAACAGAUUAAGUAGCUAAUGUUGACGCUGAAGUCAGUUCAGGGUACUGCCUUGUUCUAUUGCUGGAAAGCUCCACUCAAUCCAUUACUCAUUCUUCCAGAUAACCUUUCUGGUGCUGAGUCGCUCUUUUUGUUUGUUUGUUUGUUGUUGUUUUUGUUUUGUGGAUCUGGGAAAGCAAGCAUUCUAUAAAUUGAGUUAUAGCUAUGACCCUAAUACUGAAGUUUUUUUUUUCUGUGUAUGUAUGUGGUUUGUUUGUUUUUUAAUAAAGCCAGCCCAAGGCCCCCAGUUCAAACAGACUGGAGAAAGCAAGGGAUUUAAGUCACCUUUAAAUGGCUAGCUAAAUAAAAACUUUAGAUUUGGUGUGGAGAGAUGGCUCCACUGUCACGAGCACUGGCUACUCUUCUAGACGGCCCAAGUUUGAUUCCCAGCACCCACAUAACAGCUGACAACUGUCUGUAACUUCAGAUCCAGGGGUAUUAGAUACCUCAUCUUGCCGCUGUGGAUACCGGGCACAAAUGUGCAGCACAAACAUAUAUAUAUAUUAAUUAGGCAGAACUCCCAUAUAUCCACAACAACCACAACUGUAGAUUUGAAGAUACAGAUGAACUGCCCACUGCUGUAGGAUACCAGAAGCUUUUUCUGGGGCAAUUAGAAUGCCUUGGAUCUUAGAGCUACACUUACUGUAUUGAUGAAUUAUCACUUGGGAAGUCUCUUGGCUUAUCAGUAUAUCUGAUUGUAAACUGCAGAUAUCUGUGAAUCCAUGUCAAUACAGAUAGAUACAAAUAUGCUUUAAGCAACCAGGCUUCGUGGUUAAUAUUGUGAUAUUUAAGGAUAUGACUAAGAAAAGCUUUAACAUAGGUUGGAAUUACAUUGCUAAAGUUCUUGUUUUUAUUGUGUGUGUUGUUGGAGAUGGAUCCUAAGGCUCUGUGCAUGCUAAGCAUGUGCUCUGGCUCUGCCUCUGAGUUAUGUCCCCAGACCUUUAGUUUGUUCUUUAGUAAAAAAUGACUUCAGCAGUAGCAUGGAAAUUGUUUAACCUAUUUUAUUCUUUUGGUUUUUUGUUUUUGCAGAGAACAAGAUGUUUUUUUUUGUUUUUUUGUUUUUUUUGUUUUUUUUUUAAAAAAAGGAGUGGGUCCUCGAGUACUAGGCCAACUUGGGUUACAACAGCAAGACUGUCUUAAAAAAAAUUAAAAUGUUAUAGCAUAGAUGGGCAUGGUUGUACAUGCUUUUAGUCUCAGCAUUCCAGCACUUUAGGAUGCAGAGGCAAGUGAAUCAAGUGUUCCAGCUUAGCCAGAACUCUAUGUUGAGACCCCACCCCAAAAAGUAAACAAACAAACAAACAAACAAAUAAAUAAAUAUCAUAGUAUAAAACAAGUCAGAGGAUUCUGAUUCCCAGUCAAGUUAUCAAUUUCAGUGCAGGUGCUGAUUCCUACAGCAAAGUAUUAUACAAGUACAAGCCUAAAUCAGAACUCACAUGUGACGAGCAACAGGAAGGGUAAGUGAGGGUUAUGCAGGUGUAGGGUUCAGCCCAUUCCACCAGCUCACAACAACUCACUUCUCUAGGGCUCUUAAUGCAAAGUGAGCCAGCUGUUCAUGAAUGGUUGUUGCAGGAUGUGGGAGAAUCAAGCCAGAUUUUUCCUCAGUGCUUCCCAGACUCCUUUAUCCCUAUCAUUAUGUAAAUAAUCAUAAAAGACCAGGGCAAAUCAGGUGCUACAUUUCCACAAGGGAAAGGACUGUGGAUAACCACAUAGUACUCUACCAAUGAAAAAGCUUUACUUUCCAUCUGAAAACAGCAACAAGAUCGCCCCCCCCCCAAUUGAGGCUUAGCUACAAUGUAUACAGCACCAUUACUUGCUGCAGGUUAUGGGUACUACUAGUCGUAGUUGCUUUUUUUUUUUUAUUUUUUGGUAUUUUCCCUGAGACAGAGUUUCUCUGUAUCUAAUAGGAGUCUUUUAUUUACUACCAGACUAUGGGAUAGACCACAAGGCUGAUGGCAAGUGUUACUUUUUUUUUUUUUAUCUCAGGUUUCAUUUUAUAUAAUAAACUGCCUUUUACAGUGUU